AUGAAGGAAGUGGUGCCCAGGGAAGACAGGGCAAACUGGAAGUCCAAAUACUUCCUUAAGAUCAUUCAACUUCUGGAUGAUUAUCUGAAAUGCUUCAUCGUGGGUGCAGACAAUGUCGGCUCCAAGCAGAUGCAGCAGAUCCGCAUGUCCCUCCGCGGCAAGGCUGUGGUUCUGAUGGGCAAGAACACCAUGAUGCGCAAGGCCAUCCGGGGCCACCUGGACAUCAACCUAGCCUUGGAGAAGCUGCUGCCUCAUAUCCGGGGAAACGUGGGGUUUGUGUUCAUCAAAGAGGAUCUCACAGAGAUCAGGGACAUGCUGCUGGCCAACAAGGUGCCAGCUGCUGCCCGUGCUGGUGCCAUUGCUCCGUGGAAUAUGAAUGAAGAUAAAGGGAAUAUGAAUGAAGACAAAGGAGAAAUGAAGUCACAUUUUGUGAAAGAGUUGAUAAAGAAAUUUGAAGGGAAUAUGAAUAAAGAUAAAGAAGAAAUGAAAUCAGAGUUUUUGAAAGGGAAUAUGAAUGAAGAUAAAG